CGCCGGGCCUGCCCCGCGCCCGCCCGGCCCUGCCCACAGCCUGCCGCGUCCCUCCGUCCGUCUGUCUGUCCGUCCGCAGCUUCGAGCCUGCCGCCCUCUCUCCCCCCGCCAGGGAUGAAGGGGGCCCAAGCCGCGGGCGAGGAAGCGCCGGCCAGCGCGCGGUCGGUCAAGGUGGUCCUGGUGGGCGACGGCGGCUGCGGGAAGACGUCGCUGCUGAUGGUCUUCACCAACGGGGACUUCCCCGAGAGCUACACUCCCACAGUGUUUGAACGGCAUGCUGUCAAAAUGCACGUAAAGGGCAAACCUCUGCACCUCCAAAUCUGGGACACAGCAGGGCAAGAUGACUAUGACCGCCUGCGGCCUCUGUUCUACCCCGAUGCCAGCGUCCUGCUCCUCUGCUUCGACGUCACCAGCCCCAACAGCUUUGAAAACGUCUUCAACAGGUGGUACCCAGAGGUGACUCACUUCUGCAAGAGAGUGCCGAUCAUUGUUGUGGGCUGCAAGACCGACCUGCGCAAGGACAAGACGCUGGUGAACAAGCUGAGGAAAAACGGGCUGGAGCCAGUAACCUACCACAGGGGCCAGGAGAUGGCAAGGUCCGUGGGCGCAGUGGCCUACCUCGAGUGUUCUGCGCGGCUCCAUGACAACGUCCACGCUGUCUUCCAGGAGGCAGUCGAAGUGGCUCUCAGCAGCCGCAGUCGCAACUUCUGGCGGAGGAUUACCCAGAGCUUCUGCGUGGUAACCUGAUUGCCCCAGCUGCUCCGAAAGGAGCUGGGCACUGACCUGCUGUCGAGGUACCUGGGCUGGACCCAGUUCCUAGGCUGGACCAACGAAACUGCGCCUCCACAGACGGACACCACCAGGGCCGGGCGCGGGGCCUGGGAACCCUGGAUUAAGUGAGGAAGAGGGUUCCCCAGCCCUGGCUCCCGGCCAGCAUCCAGUCCUGGACCCACUUCCUGGAGUGGUUGUGCAGCCUGAUCUGGCGCCACCUCGUGGGUGUUGGCAGGGCUGCAGCUGAAGGUCCUGACUCCCUUCCAGAACCCGCACCCCGCCCCUCCCUUGUUUGCUCUACUACACCAGGAGCAAGUGUAACAACGAAAAUGACAUCAU